AAGAUGAAAGUGGUAUCGUGGCAACAACCCGUCAACAAGUUAAUAGUGAGGACACACCGACUCCAACAGCUUCCAUCAUUCAACCUCCAACAGAAGCAUCUACUCCUCAACCAUCCGAAACGGAACCAGAUUCAAGCUUUUCAAGACCACCAUUUGCAAAGGCAACAUCACUACUUCGUCAAGCCUCGCUCACAUCAGCAGUAUCUACACCAGGAGAGAAUUUGAAUAGCAAUAAUAAUAAUACACCGCAUGAAAUAGAAUCAUCAGUGGCAAAUAGCCCCGAGAUAGAAGAGGAAGAAGAAGGAAUGGGAGAGAUCGAGAUCACUAGCUCUAAAACAAUUAUAACGAAAAAUGAAAAUUUGAAAUUUAGUAAUGAAGUCAAAAAAGUUGGGGAAAGAAUAGAGAUGGAAGAUUUAUACGAUCAACAAACUGAUGGGUUUGGAGAAAAUAAAAAACCUAUUGAUAUUGAAUUCGAACGACAACCUCUUAAGGGCCCGGAAUAUGAAGGAGAGAAUAACGAAGAAUUUCGAACAGAAGAAGAAGAUGCAGAGGAAGACUAUGACGAACCUAUUGAAGAAUAUGAUGAACAACCAGAAGACUAUGGCGAGCGAACAGAUGGAUAUGAGAGACAGAUUAAUGAAUACCCUGAUACUGUUGAAGAAUACGGAGAACAAAACAGUGAUUAUGAAGGACCUAGUAGUGAUUAUGGUGGACCAUCCACCGAAUACACAGGCAGAACCAAUCAAUACAAAGUGCAGGAACACAAUGAUGAUUAUGAAGAAGUGUUAAGCGAUUAUGAUGAACAGAGCAGUGAAUAUGAUGAGCAAGCAAGCGAAUAUGAGGAACAAGCCAGUGAAUUUAUGGAACAAACAGAAGAACAAACAGAACACAUAACAUAUCAGGGACAG